AUGGAUAUCGAAAUCGUGAUUGACAGCAAAGAUGAAGAUAAUUCGCAAAAUGUAGCAACAACGAUGCCGCUGCCACUAUCAUCAACGACUGAGCGCAAACGUGGCAAAUCAAUGGAGGUUUUGGGAGAGAAGAAGAAAAAAGGUGUAUUUAAUCGUCAAUGGAUCGUUGACACGAAAUUUACCUCAUUCUUGCGAGAAUGCAAUUCCGAUUCGACGAAGGCUAUCUGUAUCGCUUGCAAUGAUCAAUUCUCGAUUCAUCACGGUGGAAAAAAUGACAUCGAGCGACACAUGAAACUGCAAAAACAUGUCCAUGCGAUGCGAUCAUUUCGUAUCGAUCGAGAACUGAUAACGUCGACGAUGAGACCAGUAAAAGAAAGUGAAGAAACAGCAGCUGCUGAAGGCAGUUUAGUGUACCACGGCGUGAAGCAUGGACAUUCUUAUCGAUCUCAGCAGUGCACAACUAGUGUGAUCAAGACGAUCUUCUCAUCUUCAACCAUUGGAAAAUCUAUGUCCUGUGCGCGGACCAAGUCUUCGGCCAUCGCAACAAAUGUUUUAGCUCCUUAUUUUACCGAACAAGUGUUGACUGAAGUCAAAGAAUCUCACCACUACUCCAUCAUGUUCGAUGCAUCGAACAAGGGUACCACAAAGUUCUUUCCAGUGUGUGUGCAAUAUUUUUCCAAUCUCGGUGUACAAAGGGGCAUCGUUGGUUUAAUUGAUGAUGCUGAUGAAUCAGCAGUGAACGUAUCGGAGAAUCGUAAAGCUGUGAUUCAGAAAGUUGGUUUGAAUCCCAAUGGUCUCACUUCGAUCGGUGCCGACAAUACGAAUGUCAAUAUGGGCAAUCAUCACAGCGUCUUUUCCUUACUCGCUACGGAAAUUUGCAAUCGAACAUUUCUGUCGCAACCGUAG